AUGCAGACGGAGACCAUCGGUGAAUGGAGUGCUCUAUGGCACGUGCCGGUUGCCAUCGAAGCUGUCGCAUCUUUCGUCGCCUACUGGCAGUUCAUCCUGGAUUGCCAGAAAGGCCAGAACGCGCUUCUCUUCCAGGCUGAGUGGACGCCGGGCAAGCGCGUCCGCGCAGUGAGAGACAACAUGCCAUCUGCGGCCAAGAAGUCCAGCGCUUGGCACAGCCCGUAG